AUACACGUCAACACGUCUCUCUCCGCCUCACAAUCUAAUCGCCUUGCUACCUCGGCUCCAUCUCCCACGCCGCAAGCACCCAGCUCUCACCUCCCUGAAACGACGACGCGAUGGACUACGACCCAGAUGGCGGCGCAAUAAACGUCCGCUUCCUCGAGGCAAACAGCCAGCGCGCCAACUUCAUCGUCCAGAACUUUAAUCUCGAAACCGCCAACUCGCUGCGCCGUGUGAUGCUCGCUGAGAUUCCCACCCUUGCCAUCGACGUCGUAGAAGUCUUCGACAACACAUCCGUUCUUGCCGACGAGUUCGUCUGCCACCGUCUCGGCCUCGUGCCCUUGUGCUCAAAAGGUGUCGAAGACCUGCUAUACUCGCGCGACUGCGACUGCGAAGGCUACUGCGACAACUGCGCCGUUGUCCUCACCCUCAACGCGAAAUGCACAGGCAGCGAGAUUAUGAAAGUGUAUGCGCGCGAUCUGGUGAUUGAAUCCCGGACACCGAAUGAGGAUGUAGGCAAGCCGGUCAUCACUGAUUCAGAAGAGACGGGUAGUUGCAUUGUCAAACUGAGGAGAGGUCAAGCGAUCAGCAUGAAGUGCAUCGCAAAGAAGGGUAUUGCAAAGGAGCAUGCGAAGUGGGCACCUAGUGCGGCCAUCGGUUUCGAGUAUGAUCCGGCGAACAAGCUGCAUCAUUUGGACUACUGGCACGAGGAGGACGCGGAUAAGGAAUGGCCCAAAGACGAAGCUCGGAUAAACCUUGACGGCGGUCCCCCUAACCCAGAUGAACCCUUCAACUACGACGCUGUCCCAACCCGUUUCUUCUACGACGUCGAAACAGUCGGUGGUCUUGAACCUGAUCAGAUUGUCACGCAAGGAAUCUCUAUCCUACAACGAAAGCUCGCCGAGAUUAUCAAAGAACUAUCCGGCGGUAUUGGAGGCCCAGAGGACUUUGGCGGUGCGCAGAGCCCAACACUGAACGGUGCUGGGUAUGGUGAUGCCGGCGGAUAUACUCCAGUCGGAGCACCGGGAUACGGCGGCGCGAGUUCUUGGGGUGGCGCGGCACAAGGAGGUGCUACGCCGUACGGUGCUACGCCAUACGGACAGAACUGGUAGACAAGUAUGGGCAUGUCUGGGUGUACAACAUUGCAUGGGCUGGCGUUCUAAAAGGGUGGGCGUCAACAGACUGCAAAACUGCCAUGGAACGUAGUAUCGUAUCCUUCGCAUUAACAUUGGGCACAGAAAGAAGGUGCAGAUUGCUAUCAAGAAUAAGUUGAAGCAAAUUCAUUGAUACUGCUUUGCUGCUCUUGAGUUUGCUCUUUCGCUCGUAAUCUGUCAUAUCUAAUAUUACAAUACAUGCAAAGCCA